AUGGAUACUCAUCUCAAGUGGUUGAGUCCUGAACAGAAAGAAGAAUUGUUAGAAAUGAAAAAAAAUGGAAAGUCAAAGAAAGAGAUUCAGGCGAAGGUGGAGCAUUAUUUGAAUCAUCUUGAGGGCGAUGCGAAGAAAGAAGCAACUCAGAGCUUGAUUGGAGGAUGCCGUGAGAUACUGAAAUAUGUCAUUGGUGAAGAGAACACAGCUGAAUUAAGGUCGAUGAAGGAUUCUGGAGCAACAAAUGAAGAAUUAAAGUCAAAAUUGCACACUUUUGUGGAUGCAGUUCACGAUGAGCACAAGAAGGGAUAUGUUGAUGACUUCGGACCAGCAUGCAUGAAGUUGUAUGGUAUCACAAGUUCCAGAAGAAGAAGAGACCAUCGCUUUACGUUGGAGUCAAGCUUGGAUACCCACCUGAAGUGGCUCAAUGCUGAUCAGAAAGAACAUCUGCUGCAAAUGAAGAAGGAUGGUAAAGACAAAAAAGAGAUUCAGGGGAAGUUGAUGCACUACUAUGAGGAACUCGAUGGUGAUGCAAAGAAACAAGCCACUGAAAAUUUGAUCGGCGGUUGCCGUGAGAUCUUGAAGUAUGUUAUUGGUGAGGAGAAAACAGCUGAAUUGAAAUCAAUGAAGGAAUCGGGAGUAAGUAAGGAUGAAUUGAAGGCGAAACUACAUGUGUUUUUGGGUGAAGUUCACGAUGAGGAGAAGAAAAAAUACAUUGAUGACUUUGGACCAGUUUGUAUGAAACUCUAUGGUAUCAAUCAUUCAAGAAUGAGGAGACACCGUCAUCAUUUCACGCUCGAGAGUUGCAUGGAUACUCAUCUGAAAUGGUUGAACCCUGAACAGAAAGAAGCACUGUUACAAAUGAAAAAGGAUGGCAAAAACAAAAAAGAGAUUCAAGAGAAGCUGAUGCACUACUAUGAAGAACUCGAAGGUGAUGCAAAGAAACAAGCCACUGAAAAUUUGAUCUCCGAAGGUGCUAAUGAUCAUCAGCAUAGAAAUGUUAGGCAUACGGUAAGUACAUAUUUUCUCAGCCUUUGCUGGAGCGACUUAUUUAUUCUUGGCAUUAUUCUGACCUUGAUCAAUGCGAUUUUCUGA